AGGUGAUAGAGGUUGAUAGUUUAUUCUGAUUGUUUCCACUUUUUCAGAGGUAGGGAGUUUCCCUUGAAAGGAAGAAUCCAAUUGACUUGAAAUGUGAAUAAACGGAUUCCCUUCACUACCCCUUCUUUGUCCUCAGUGUUAAGUGCAACACUCAGAGAAAUAAAAUGUAUCCCAGGCUUUGCUCUCUUCUGAAAAAGAAACGAAUUAGCAUUUUCGGGGCUCCAGCCGGGCCACGUUGUCAUUGUCAGCCUCCUGUUCUUUCAAGUUGCCUGCACACAGCUGAGUUGGGCAGAGGAGCAAAGAAAGCAGGACAGCGCUGCCAAGUAGGCAGGAAGCCGGAGUGGACCGGCGCGCAGGGGCCGAGCCCCUCGGUCCAAUCAGCGGAGAGUGCUGUUGCUAUGUGCUCCCUACUCUGCUGCCUUUGUGAAAGCCUGCGCCAGCCCGGGGAGGGGGACCGGGACCCGACGCCCGGCGUUCUGCUCCCACCCCUGCCGACAUCUGGAUCCCUCAGCGCCUGACAGUGUGGCUGCUGACAGCCGGCAGGCAACUUCUUUUACACCAGGAUUCCAGUAUGGUUUUCAGUGGGAACAAAGGGCUUCGCAGAGAAGAUACCCUGGAUGAAUAUUUUGAAUAUGAUGCUGAAGAGUUCUUGGUCUCUCUGGCCUUACUAAUAACCGAAGGACGAACUCCUGAAUGUUCUGUAAAAGGUCGAACGGAAAGUUUCCACUGCCCUCCUGCACAGUCUUGUUACCCAGUAACCACCAAACACGAAUGCAAUGACAAACUGGCCCAGUGUCGCCAAGCCAGGCGCACCAGGUCUGAGGUCGCCCUGCUGUGGAAGAACAGCCUGCCCAUCAUGGUGGAGGUGAUGCUGCUGCCUGACUGCUGCUACAGCGACGACGGGCCCAGCACAGAAGGGGCUGACCUGAACGACCCGGCCAUUAAACAGGAUGCCCUGCUGCUCGAAAGGUGGAUCUUGGAGCCAGUUCCCCGGCAGAACGGUGAGCGGUUCGUUGAAGAGAAGACCCUUCUAUUGGCUGUCCGCUCGUUUGUGUUUUUUUCUCAGUUAAGUGCUUGGCUGAGUGUUUCUCAUGGUGCUAUUCCACGAAAUAUUCUUUACAGAAUCAGUGCUGCUGACGUUGACCUCCAGUGGAAUUUUUCACAAUCUCCAAUCGAACAUGUGUUUCCUGUUCCCAACAUUUCUCACAAUGUGGCCUUGAAAGUCAGUGUUCAGUCCUUACCCAGGCAGUCCAAUUACCCAGUUUUGACAUGUAGUAUUCACACUAACAUUGGUCUUUAUGAGAAAAGAAGUCAAGAACAUGAACUUAAAAACCAUCAGCACCGCAGUCCUAAUGAAGUAGAACAAAGUAGUCCAAACACUUCCCAGCGUCUGUGCAGCAAACAAACGUGGACCAUGGCCCCUGAAAGUGUCCUGCAUGUAAAACAUGGCUCAACUCCGGAGUAUACCACAGCCAUCAAAAAUGUCAAACUGUAUCCUGGCAGUAAAUGUGACCACGGGACAUCUCAAGCCAACAUUCUGGGAUUCGGUGGCACGGGAGAUAGAAAGUCACAUGAAGCAUCCGUGAGAACUUUAAAAUCAUUUUCACUGACUGGUUCUGGUGUUUCUAGCCGCCAGAGUUCCUGGCAGUCAGGAGGGGAGGCCAACCCUCUAAUAGACUCUUUAAUUCAGGAUCGACAGGAAGUGAUUGCAAGAAUUGCUCAGCAUUUGAUUCAUUGUGAUCCAAGCCCUUCACAUAUUUCUGGCCCUCCGUUUAAUACUCCAGACUCUAGUCCACUGAAUUCAAAACUUUACCGCCCUUCCCAAGAGAAUGAAAAUGUAAGGAAAUGUAAAGACUCUUUCUCUGUUUCUUUUGGUAGUCCAGAGUUGACCUCCUCAGAAGAGACCCAUGAAGGGAAAGCUUGGGUCAAAGCAGAGACUCGGCGGAGUGAGGCCUGCCCUGCCAGCGGGCCUUACUGUCGGCUGUCCGCCGGGGAGACGAACCCUCUGAUUGGCUCUCUGCUGCAGGAGCGGCAGGACGUCAUUGCGAGGAUUGCUCAGCACUUGGAGCACAUUGACCCAGCUAGUUCUCGUGUUCCCCGGCCCACCUUCACCAUGCCGGACUCCACACCAGGUCUCUCCAAGGUGUUCAGGAGCUCCUAUGAAGACAAGCAGUUGUUGAAGACAAAUAAAGAAGAUGGUUCUGUGUCUGUUUCCUACGGAAAACUUUCCUUGCUAGGAGACAGCAGUGAUGGGGAAAAUGUGAUAGCUACGAAAUCGUUCAGUUCUUUAAAAUGCAACAGUAAAGAAAAGUCUUCUUUGAAACCUCAAAUAAGAAACCAGUGUCAGAACAAUCCUGCCGAAGUCAUCCAAAGCGCCUGUGAGGAGACACAGAACAAAGUUUUUAGUUUAUCCACUUCCUCAAAUAUGUCUCAUUGCAAUGAAAAUAACCUAGAUUUGCUGAGCAGAUUAGAAAAUACACUUUCGGAGGCCCAGCUUAAGGAGCAAGAAAUUAGCAAUGCCAUUGACAAACAGUAUUCAAAAUGCAGCAGUAUUGAAAAAAAGAUUUGUACAAGCAAAUAUAAGGAAAAAAUACUAAAAAAUGAGAACUGUAAUCCGGACUCUUUAGAAAGUCUCCAACUUGAUAAUUCAAAAACAGUUGACUCCAGAAUAAAAGUCAAUAUGCGGGAAACGUCUGAAUAUUUGAAUAAGUAUGAGAAUAAUUGCUCAAAUAAAGACUCAAAAAAGCUCAAGACAUGUGAUCAAAAUACUCACCUUAAUAGCAUAGAAAAUUAUCUCCAUAAAGAUAACAAAGGUUUCAAGUGCAAAAAGUUAGACAAAUUAAAAAAUGAACAGGAUAAGAAAGAAGAUCCAAUUGAAGAAAAAAUUCAAAACUGUUCUCCAAGGAAAAACACAAAAGACGGUUUGUCUACAUGUGAAAGACUGAAAAGUACUGAAGUAUUGAGGGGCACCCUGAAACAUUCAAGCAUCUGGCGGAAACAUAAUUUUCAUUCCUUAGAUGGAACCUCAAUAAGAGCCUUUCAUCCUCGAACUGGAUUGCCCCUUCUUUCAAGUCCUGUUCCUCAAAGAAAAAGACAAUCAGGUUGCUUUGAUCUGGAUUCUUCAUUGCUGCAUCUGAAAAGCAUAUCAUCGAGAAGCCCUCAACCAUGUUUAAAUAUUGAAGAUGCUCCUGAUAUUCAUGAAAAGCCUUUUUUGAGUUCUAGUGCUCCACCUAUAACAAGUCUCAGUCUCCUAGGAAAUUUUGAGGAAUCUGUUUUGAAUUACCGUUUAGAUCCCCUCGGAGUAGUUGACGGCUUCACUGCCGAGGUAGGAGCAAGCGGUAUUUUCUGUCCCACUCACUUGACUCUUCCAGUUGAAGUGUCAUUCUACAGUGUUUCAGAUGACAAUGCUCCGUCUCCUUACAUGGGUGUGAUUACUUUAGAGUCCCUUGGUAAAAGGGGUUAUCGAGUACCUCCUUCAGGAACAAUACAAGUGACCUUAUUUAAUCCUAAUAAGACUGUGGUGAAGAUGUUUGUUGUGAUAUAUGACUUACGAGAUAUGCCAGCCAAUCAUCAGACAUUCCUACGGCAAAGAACUUUCUCUGUACCUGUUAAACAAGAAAUGAAGAGAAGUGUCAAUAAAGAGAGUAUCCGGCAUACAGAACGGUUACUACGCUACCUCAUACAUCUGAGGUUCCAGAGUUCUAAAUCUGGAAAGAUCUACCUCCAUCGAGACGUUCGGCUCCUGUUCUCUAGGAAGUCAAUGGAGGUUGAUAGCGGUGCUGCAUAUGAACUCAAAUCUUACACUGAAUCGCCAACAAACCCUCAGUUUUCACCACGAUGUUGAUAAGGAAUAACAAUUUCAAGUAUUCGCUCAGUACCCAAGUUUGGAAGUAAAUGUUAGACUAGAAUGGAGUGUACCAAAUUAACAGUCAGGAGAGUAGAUCCUUUCCUGUUGUUCUGGACCAGUUUUGUUUUUUUUCAAGGAUUCCUAAAAUGAGAUCCACAAAUUCCAAGUAGACUGGAAACACUCAUGCCCUAAUCCUUUUUGUACUGUUGAAACCACUUCAUUGGACACGUUGCAAUAGCAAAAUCCCCUGUUUAGAUUAGUGUUUACACAUUUUAUUUCUGUUAUUUAAUAUUUAAUGUUUUCCUUAAUACUCAAAAGUGAUGUUUGUCUUAGUGUUCUAAUGUAGCACAAAUCCUGUGUAAAACCAUACUGUGUAUUUUUGACCUUGACGUUUAAAUCUGAAAUAUAUGCACAAGUCUUUAAUUUUUGUGUGGUGUGCUUUAAGCGCUAUUUCUUUAAGCUAUUGAGAAUGAGAAUGAAAUGUUGAGCUUCUUUAAGAUUAACGCACUAUGCAAGCAUGUGUAUUUUUUAUAUCGCUGACGUGUAGUUUUGACAGCACCCCAGUUACAUUGCUGGCUCGCAAAGUAGCCCUUUACCAUGCUGUAUGGCAGAGCAAUGCAGAUAAGCUGCUUCCCAGACCCGGUGCAAGCUCACAUCCUCAUGCCCAUUCGUAGCCCUUUCAGGAUUCCUCGUUCCCCACACAGUUCUGUUUUCCUUUCUACCUUAGAUGCUUUCCAUUGAAGUGCUGUCCCCUGCUAGAUAAUUUUCUCAAGUUGUUUAAAAAAAAAAAGAAUAUGUACUUUGAAAAUAAAUUAGUAUUUAUAUUGUAAAUAUAUGCAAAGAACUGAAAAAAAUGUGUAUCUGGCUUUUAUUUGUAGAGGAGACAUUUAUGCUACUAAGUGACUUAACCACCCAGCAGUUUGCAUUCUAUCCCCACAGCUGCCCUCCAGGGGAGGGGAAGACUUAGGGGAUCCUGUCACAUAACCUUCUUCAAAACUAUAUUGGAAGGUGGGUGGCAACUUGACUGAAUGCAUCAGAAGCCUUCUUUCCAGGAGGUUUGGCUUUAGAUGUUUGUGUUGGGACAAUAGACAACAGCAGAAUAGACAACCAGGCAGAAAUACUGGGAGGGCUAAUAGAAAUCUAUGACUGAGGGUUCUAAAAUACAUGUCACUCCAGUAAGCCCCUUCCUGGAGACCUAGGAGUCUUGGGUCAAGUAAACAGUCUGGAAUUGAUGAAAGGAAACCUUUUACUGAUUAGACUCCCUGCCAGGUGGUGGAGGUGUGGCUACAGUGUGGAGUAGCAAACAGAAGCCUCUUAUAAGUUUCUUAAAAAAUAACCAGUAGCAAGGUGUGAUGAGAUAUUGCUGUAAUCAGUCCCAAACUACAUGGGAGACACUAGCAGGUGUUUUUGGCAAGUCCAAAGACAACCCUGGCAAAGGUAUCAAGGAGACCCCCAGUGGGAACUCAGCCUCAGAAGGCUUCCAGUUCACUUUCAAAAAGCCGAAAGUUAGUGUGGCUCAAGUGGUAGUGCUAGCCUUGAGUGAAAAGCUAAGGGACAAUGCCCAAGCCUU